UAUUUUCUUAGUUGUGCCGUGUGCAUCCACAAAUAUAGACUACCUGUGUACAGAAUCUUUCCAGUCUAGUCCGCGGCAUUUCCGACGAAUAGGAACUACUUCACAGAGUACCUCCGAGACACACACACACUCAGAUCAAAAUGCCUUUUGUUCCCGUGGAAACCCCCAAGUGCCCCGCGUGCGGAAAGUCGGUGUAUGCCGCCGAGGAGCGCGUUGCCGGAGGCUACAAAUUCCACAAGACCUGCUUCAAGUGCAGCAUGUGCAACAAGGCCCUGGACUCGACCAACUGCACAGAGCACGAGAAGGAACUUUUCUGCAAAAACUGCCAUGGUCGCAAAUACGGUCCCAAGGGAUACGGUUUCGGUGGUGGUGCCGGCUGCCUGUCCAUGGACACUGGCUCCCACUUAAACAGAGAAUUUGUUCCGCCGAAAAUUCCACCAAAAGCACCUGAUGGGUUGGGCUGUCCCAGGUGUGGCAUAUAUGUCUAUGCUGCCGAGCAAAUGCUGGCGAGAGGCAAGGGCUACCAUAGGAGGUGCUUCAAGUGCGUGCAAUGCAACAAGACUCUAGACUCAACUCUUCACUGUGAUGGUCCAGAUAAGGACAUUUACUGCAGAGGAUGUUAUGCCCAGAAGUUUGGUGCUAGGGGCUAUGGACACAUUGGCAUUUCGUCCUUGGGAUUAAUGUCCGAUAUUAAGGAUUGUGAAUGGCAGAGCGAAAUGGCACCUAAAGCCUCUAUCAUAAAUGUGGAGCAAAUUCAGGCGCCUCUGGGCGAAGGAUGUCCACGAUGUGGUGGCGUUGUGUUCGCUGCCGAACAGGUCCUUUCCAAGGGAAGAAAGUGGCACAGAAAGUGCUUCAAGUGUCGGGACUGCACCAAAACCCUGGACUCCAUUAUCGCGUGCGACGGUCCGGACGACGAGGUCUACUGCAAGACUUGCUACGGCAAAAAGUGGGGACCCCAUGGUUACGGAUUCGCCUGUGGAUCUAGUUUUCUGCAAACCGAUGGAAUUACCGAGGAGAACUUGGGAGCUGAGCGACCAUUUGUGGCCCCGGAUACGACAUCGAUUAUGGCUCCGGAUGGCGAGGGAUGUCCACGAUGUGGCGGAGUUGUUUUUGCAGCCGAGUUGCAGUUGUCCAAGGGAAAGAUGUGGCACAAAAAGUGUUUCAACUGCGCCAGGUGCACCCGACCUUUGGACUCCGUACUCGCCUGUGACGGUCCGGAUGACAACGUCUAUUGCAAACUCUGCUAUGCGAAGUUAUACGGGCCUAAGGGAUUCGGGUACGGACACACUCCCACUCUGGUGUCCACCAACUACGAAUACACGCCCAGCUGUUGGGGAACUAUCGAUCGCAACGGACAAAAGUCAGAGAACGGAUGUCCCCGAUGCGGAUUUAUGGUUUUCGCAGCGGAACAGAUGAAGAGUAAGAACAAUGUUGUGUGGCACAAGCUCUGCUUCUACUGCAUGGAGUGCCGGAAGUAUCUGGAUUCGACCAACCUGAACGACGGACCUGAUGGGGGUAUAUAUUGUCGGUCGUGCUACGGAAAAUUCUACGGACCAAAGGGCGUGGGCUAUGGAAUCGGAGCUGGAACACUGACAAUGGCUUGAAAUUUCGACCAAAAAAGCGCCUUUAAGGGCUGAGUCCCCGAUAUGCAAUGAGCUCCAAAAAUUCACAUUGGGGAUUUCUAGCUCUUAAACGCCCACAUUUUUGAGGCUGACGAUUAGGUGUAGUAUUGCAAUUCCACAAAAAAAUGUAUAUCUAGCUCCAUAAUACAGCGACAUUUAGUAAAGUAUAUUGCAGGGCGAAUGACUUAGUGGUCAUUAAUUUACAAGUUUUAUAAGUUUCGAAAAUAAGUAACGAAAAAGCAUUCUAAGCACUGAAACUUCAUGGUGUAACUUGCGAAAAUCGAAACCUCCCAACUUUGUUUAUACGUGGCAGUCGAAGUAACAAUCCAAUAUCCUGUAUGUUUCGAACGACUAAUAAACGACAAUUGUGAACUUUGUA